CACGCAACCAGCAUUCAGCUCCGAGAAGGAUCUGUUAAUGAACUAUUGAGGUGGAACUUUAGUCUUUCAAAGUUCGUUUCUUUCCAAGUCUAUUUAUUUUUUGAUGGUGCAUACGCAGCCCUUAUUGACACGACAGGAUUUGUUGGGGUAUACGAACGCUUUAUUUCAAGGUUUAACAUAAGUUGGAUCCCUCCAUCUUAUGCUACAUUAAUUAUCUUCAAUGUAACUACUGCUGACAAAGGAACAUUUAGAUUUGAGGUUUGGUCUUAUGAAACGAAGAUUUCACUAAAAGGAUGGAAAUGCGACCUCAAAGUGACUAUUGUAGGUAUGCCAAUUAGUUCAUGUUCCGUCAGUAAACUCAAUAAUGAAAAGUUCAUCAUGUUCACGUACUAUUUUCAUAAUUCACUGAUUACAGAAGUUUUGAUUAAUUUUCUUUACUAUAGGCUCAUUGUGCAAAUACUCUUUAAUUAACAUGGUUUUUUUUAUAGCGUCUGAUACGAAGAAUCAGCCUUCUGCCUUGGUGGAUAACAUCUUUCUCUAUCUGCAUAUAAGUCCUCAAACAUCAUACUAAGGCCAAAUUCAAUAACUGUUUCAUUUACCAUUCAAAAUAUUUCUAGGUUUUUAUCAUACUUCAAUUUCUCCUAUCUCGUUUUCCUAUUUCGGUGCAGUUUUACAAUAUUAUGAACAAUUCUCUGCUUUCAGGUACUCCUCAAAAGAAAAUCACGCCCAUUGAGCAAUAUAUUUUGCAUCUCCGUUGCAGUUUUAGUCUGCAUUUGGGCUUAAUCUUCUCUCUCCCUCUCUAUAGCCGUGAAAUCUUCCUCCAUUUUCUUGAGGUCACGCCGCUCUCAAGCGUGACGUCAAUUAUCAAAUAUCGUCAAUAUACAAUCAUUGAAGUCAGAGCAACUGUUGUCAAUGAUUGUAUAUUGCUGGCAUCUUUCAAACUUGGUCAGCGCCAGCUUGUUAUGCAAAUUUAGCCAGCGGAUUACUUCCAAAUUCGUUGUAGCGCUCUGCGCGUUUUGCAAACUUGGAGGGAAUUUUGGGUUUUUCUGUUCCUUCAAUCAUCUUACUGGAUCUCUUAGAAAACACAUGUUAGCUUGAAGGAGUUCAAAAGGUCAUGGUUUGGGACUUGUGAUAGGUGGAUUUCGAUCCGUUUGGUUCGUUUCUGUGUUACAAGGUUCGUUGCUUGUGAUCGUCCUAUUUCGAGCUAUAAUCGACUAGUUUGCCAUGCAAGCGCACACUAAAGAUGUUUCUGAUAUUUCUUAUUCUUGCCACUUGCAAAAAUAGAGCAAUGUCUGCCUCCUUGCCUCAAAAACGUUCCACUCGCCAAAGAGAUUUCCUUCGACAUUCUCAGGUACGUUUUUGCGGGCAAAGCUAGGCGAGCGCGUUCAAACAUUAUGAUUUGCAUUAACACUACCACCAAGGAAAUGAAUGACGGAAAAGAAAAACCCAAAAUCCCUUCAAAGUUUACAAAACGCACAAAGCGAUACAACAAACUUGGCAGUAAAGCCAAACAAAUGGAAUAUUUUGAAUGGACGUCCGAUAACAUACAAUAAAUCAAGUUCUUCUUUUAGAUUCAAUCAUUUCCUGGAUUCUAUGGAAACGUAAACAAAUUUUGAAAGCGAAUACGAAGAAGCAGGCUUUUGACUAGGCAAUAACAUAAUAUGAACUGCUGAGAAUACAUAUCAUACAUGUCUGCAUAUUUUGCAGAAGGAAGCCGCGGGUCAUCUCAGGGAGAGGGGAUGCCCACCCCCUACACCCUCCCCCUAGAUCCACCCCUGCACAAACCACUUAACGUCCACUGCUUAUAAAUGUCAAAGAUAAAGACAGACCGGAGUACAGACUGGGAGCAGUAUACAAAAUAAAAUGAGCUACUACAAGGAGGCCUCUUACAUUGACGAGCUUAAAAUGGGCUUAUCGAGUUUAACUAUUUGGAAAGUUAUGAUUUUUGAGAGUAGCUUAAUUCACUCCUUAAGAGCCUGUUAUCCGUGAAUUUUGCAUUGUUAUUAUCUUAAUAAUAAUAAUAAUAAUAAUAAUAAUAAUAAUAAUAAUAAUAACUAAUUAUUUGCCAUCCACUGCAAAGGGAUGCAUGCAACAUUGAUGGCCAACAAAUCCCAACCGGCAAUUGGAUGCUACAUGUUGCGUCCGUUUGCGCACCCUGUUGCAUGUUGCGUGUUUUUGGGAGUUGUUACGCCAAGCUUGAAACCAGGGAAACUUUUAGCUAUGUGCAAACGGACGCAACAACUCCCAACAAUGUUGGGAGUUGUUGGCCAACAUUGUUGCGUCCGUUUGCACGUAACUCAACAACAAUAAUGUAAUAAUAAUAAUAAUAUUAAUCUUUAUCCCUUUACAGCUCACGCCAAGUUCAUUAAUGUAAGCAGUGAUCAGUCUGUUAUUGAAGGCGGUAAUCUACUGCUAGUUUGUGAAGCAUCUGGAAAGCCAGCACCAAACAUCACUUGGACCAAAAUAGGACAGGAAGGCGGCAAAAACAAAGUACUGCACUUGGGGACCAGAAACAAAAUUGAAAAUGUUAGUCGUAGUGAUGCUGGAACAUACCGUUGUACAUCAUUCAAUGGAGUAGGAAAUUCUGUUAGUCAUUUACUUACAGUUGAUGUUAUAUGUAAGUAUGGCUAUAACUUAAAGUCCUUACAGUUUUUUAUCGUAAAGUCAGUUAGUUACUACUAAGCCUAAUUAUCAAUCAAAUCAAGAAGUGUGAUUUGACUUCGAUUCAUAUCACGUGAAACAAAACAAAGCAACAGGCUGUGAUCUCAUUCCUCAAAGUGCAGUGAAGCUGUCUGCUGAUGUUCUGUGUUAUCCAAUGAGCAUACUGAUCAACUAUGUUUUAAACAAUUCAAAAAUACCGCAGCAAUGGAAACUCGGUGAAGUUACACCAGGGUUUAAAAAGGAAUGUAGUCUGGACAAAUCAAAUUACAGGCCAGCGACCAUCUUACCCUCACUUUCGAAAGUGUUUGCAUCAAUAGUGCAUGCCGACUUAGUCCUCAUUUUGAAAACGUAUAUCUGUUAUCACAAAUAUGUGUUCGCAUAUAGGAAACACUGUGGAUGUGACACUGCUAUUCUUAGUCUAACAGAACGAUGGAAGCAAGAGCUUGACAAUCAUAAAGUAAUCGGCGUAGUGUCAAUGGAUCUAUCAAAGGUCUUUGACACUCUGUCGCAUGAUCUGAUAGUGCUGAAUUAAAGCAACAUCAGGUUGACGACAAAAUUAUUAACCUUAUAAAGGGCCAUCUCUUUAAUCGAAGGCAACGGGUGAAACUACAUGGCAGGAUAUAACGACCUGAAUUCCCCAAGGAUACAUACUUGGCCCUGUUCUAUUCAACAUAUUUAUGAACGAUCUUGUUUACGUGAUAAAGCGUAGUAACCUAUCGACCUAUGCAGAUGACACACAAAUUUUCUUUGGCGAUAAGGAUCCUUUGAUAGUCCAGGAAAGCAGAAACUCGGACUUAUCAUACGUAGAUAAAUGGUUUUUGGAAAAGGGCAUGAAAAAAAACCAUUGUGAAUACCAGGCUAUGGUGAUGGGCCAUAAGAAAGUUAAUCCGAAAUUUCGCUGGCAAAGUAACAUCAUUCCAAAUAGGCGAUGUGCUACAGAUGCUUAGAGUUACUGUUGAUGAUAUGUUCAAAUUCGAUAAGCAAAUUGCCAAUAUCUGUAGAAAAGAAUCUCAACAAGUUGCAGUUUUAAGGUGUUUUGAUACAGUUUUUCAGAGGCCAUACCGACAUUUUUCAAUCACCUUAAGAGUGGCUUUUUUCUUGUCCAGCAAUUGGCUAUGGAUUGAAAUUAGUGAAAAAGCAGUUUUAAGUAAACUAAAAUAGUGCGCACUAUUUCGGAAAAAUUAGCAUAACGUCAAAACAGUGAAUGUUGCAACGCAGAAUUUUGACAGGUUCGUAGGAUAGGUUUGUCUUGAAAUUUCAAGGUGUUGCAGUGAAUCAAUCUUAGUGAAAGUUUCAGACAUUAUUAUAUACAUUAUGAAGAUUAUGUGAAAAGAUUGCGCAUGAGAAAUAUACUUCCUUUCGAUUUGAGAAGGAAUAUUUACAUAUCAUUUAUUGAACCAUAUUUCAAUUACUGUGCACAAACCUGGCAUUUCUGCAAUAAGAGUUUGGCUGAAAAACUGGAGAAAGUAAAUGAAAGAGCAAUUCGGUUUGUUUUUAGAGACUAACACAUUACAUAUGAAGAACUUCUCAAGCUUUUAUGUAGAAGAACCCCGAAGGAACAGAGAUUCAGUAAAAUUCUCUGUUCGGUUUUUAAACUCGUAAAUAAUAAAACGAACCCGGAGAGCUUGAAUGAGUUAAUCUCAUUACGAGAAACAACAUAUGCCUUCAGAGGAAAGGACAUUUUAAAAGUGCCAAAGGUCAGCACAACACGCUUUGCACUCAAUUCCUGGCGGUACCAGGCGCCCAAGAUCUGGAAAAACUUGCCUGAUGUCGUAAGAGCGUCGUCCGAUUUUAAAACGUUCAAAAAACUGUUAGAAAAUGAGUCAUUAUUUUAGUACCGACGAAUCGCCUUUUUUAUCAAUUUUAUAAAUAAUUGUUAAUAGUAUUUUAUGUAUGAUAACUUAAUUUUAAUUGUAAAUAGAUUUUAUAUUGUUUUAAUCAUUUUUAUUCUAUAAUUUUUCAUUUACAGUGGCAUACCUGAGAAUUUAGCUGGUGAAGUUUUCUUUUUUAACUAACCCACGCAACUAAGAGUAUGCGCCAGUUAAAAUAAAGCAUCUUAUUAUUUUAUAAGAAAGACUAAAGAUUGUUUCGGGGAUAUGAAGGCCUGGAUUUAUCACUUGCACAAGGCUUUUAAACUACCAAUUACUGAAACACAUAAUAACAAUACAUUGUUUUCAAUUGGAAUAGAUCCUGCAAAAAUUAUUAAGUAUCAAAACAGUACUGUCCCAGUCGGCGGAAACACAGCACUAGUUUGUCUAGCAGAGGGUUAUCCUUCUCCAAAUACAACAUGGAUACGAGAUAAUUCACGCGAGAUCGUUGGCUUUGGAAGUACCCUACAG